AUGUUGGACUUACUUAAGUUUAACGUCCACUACGAGUAGCCGUUUCCAGGGCCGCCACCAUAUUUAUCACGUGUCGGGACCAUGAACCUCUGGAUCGAUUCAUUUUGUUGCACCAGGGCAUGGGACAAAUACAGCGUUUCGGCUUCGAUGGGAAUUAAAUGUUGGACACUAAUAACUUUGCCUUCCUCCUGGAAUCUGAAGUGAAAGGUAGAUUGAGAACUUCGACUGCGAGCACAGCAGAUAGCAGUGACAACUCACAUUGAAAUUUAGAAAGCUUCGAAGCUCAUUACACACAUGAAAUAGAACCAUCUUAUGAUUUUUCUAACUCCACAAAUUGGCUUCAAUUAAUGAAUCCAAGCGAUGCACUUGCUUUGUUUACCCCAAUGACAAAAGAACAGGAUGAGCACUAUUGUGCUCUAAAACCAAGAGUUGAAAAAGUCUUGGAGCUCCUGAAUAGUACUCUUACUACUAUUUCAGUCAAAGAUGACUGCUCUUCGCAGCCUUCUAGUGUAAAACUCGCAAUGCCAGGUAAUUCACGUCUUUUGAAUAGAAGAAGAGCGUUGACGAUUGUUUAG